AGAGAAAGUCUGAAGUUUUUAGUUGGUACAAAGAGGAUAGAUAAUACUUUAUGGUAUAUGCUGUACAGAUUAUCCAAUAGAUGAAGACUAUAUAACACGAAUCAGAAGUACUUUUUGUCAUUUCAGAUGCUUCCCAAACUAAAAAAUACCUUUGAACGUACAAGUCAAAAUUAAAAUGUCAAAAAUAAAAGUCAUAUUUCAAUCCUUGUAAAAGCUGUUGAAAGUAACCUUUUUUUGCUAUCAAGGAAACUUCGAAUUGGUAAGCCUGAACGCUGUUACUUCUUUGCGUUAUACACUUAUACUAAUGGAGGCAGGAGCCUUGCUUUUUUCUUUUUCUUCUUUCUAUUUGAAAAAAAAAGGCAUAAUUAGUCUAAUAAAUAUAUCAACAAACACAUUUUGUGUGUAAGAAACAGUCAUUGCUUUGACAUUAAUUCCAUAUCAACAGGCAAAUCACAAUAUUUUGAAAUAACGUAACUUGCUAUGCUAUUAGAAGGGGAAAAACUCAAAAACACACCAUUAUAAACUCUCGAGCCAGUAAAUCCAAACCCACUUUUGACUAAACUGUUUGUAAAUCAAAUAAGCAGUAAAGAAAAAAAGAAUGAAAUAACAAGGAGCCAACACAAGUGUUACACGAUGGGGUUUUAUCUUUUCCUUUAAGUAAUUAUAUGCAUUGCACAAUUCCACUGUUUUACUUCACGCGGUUUAAAUUUUCACAUAAUUAGAAUCCAAAAAUGUAAAAAAAAAAAAAAAAAAAACCUUUCUGCUUCUAGUUCAACAAUCUAAUCAUAGAGCUCCCCCCUUAAAGCUUCAUUUCAAAGGGACUAAUGAUGUGCUUUGUUUUAAUUUUGUGCGUUUCAGCUAGCUAGCUCUGCUAGUUUCCCAUGAAGAUUCCUUCUAGGUCUCCCUUUUUUCCAAUUUACCCACUAAAUUAAUCACCAUGAUCACUAAUUAAGACUUGGUCGAUACCAUCAUAGCAUAACAUGCAUUUCUUUAAACGCUGCUUCAAAAUUGUCAAUCCAACCUGACUAAUUCUGGUACCUUUAUUUGUUGAGCCUACAAUAAAUAAAGUUUCCUUUUUUGUUGAUACAGGAAAAAUUGGUACCCAGGGUGAGGAGGGGAACUGGUGAAUGUCCAAGGACAGUUUACCUAGAAUAAACAUAACUUCAAUUGUCAAUUUCACUUGGUUUCUCUCUUAACGGAAUUUCGUUGCACCCCAAUGAGUUCUCUUCCAGAUUACUUAGUUUAUUAUUGAUGGUUUUGCACCUAAUGAAGGUAGACUUUUGUUUUUCUUGUUCUAACAUCUAACUUUACGAUGUGACUUGGUCAAUUCAUUUGAGAUGGUAAAUUGUUUGUAUUCAACCUAAACUACUAUGAAAAAAAUUAAUAUUAACCACCCCACAUUUCAUGGCAUUCCUUUUCUUUAAGAGGCAAAAAUCAAUUGGUAACUUUUCAGCCUUGGCUGUACCUGUUUGCCAACUAUGGAGGGGGAAUAUUAUGCCUUUACACUCAAUUUGUUUUGCGCGUCGAAGAUAUAUAGCUCCAAUCAAACUACAAUAUAUAUACUAGUAACCUAUGAAGUAGUAAAAUGAUAUCGAAUUAUCUGUCUCACUUUUCAUGAUUUUAUUAUAUCCUUAUUAUAUGUAUUGUUAUGAACAAUAUGAUCAAAAUUAUGCAAAUGUUACCAAAGUUUUUAAUGUAACAACUCUAGAUACCCCUUUUAGUAGUGGGAUAGUGCCUAGAAAAUCAUGUGAGCUAUCCCUAAUGGCCAAAGUAAUGCGGGAAAAUUAUUGCAUUUGAAAUGAUAGUUAAGCACAUUGCCAUUGAGCCUGCCGGAGGCGGAGAUUCAAGUAAAUAUGAUGAAGUAAACAACCAUACAUGGAGUCCUAACCAAGAAAAAAAUUAUCCGUUAAUUUUAUGCAAAUAGCUAGACACGCAUAUUAAAUUCAAUUUUUCUAGAAAAUGAGCCAAAACUUCUUGACUUUCAGGAGAUUGCUUAGAAGACUUUAGGGCAUUGUUCUUUUUUUCUUUUUGGGGAGGGUAAGUGUGGAAUCUGUGGCUGAGAGGUUAGAACUUAGAAGACUAGCUUAUGAAGGAAGAAUUAAUGAAAUCUUUUCAGUUGUAUUUACCCAGUGGGUGCAACUACUUUUUGCUAGGUUGAACUAAGUUUUGUUCAUUAAUUUGACUUAACCAGCCUCGAUUCGCCUACCUCAAACAACCCUCUCUCUCUUGUUCUCCCCCUAUAAAACCAGUUAUUCUUUCCAACUCUUCCACAAGCAAUCAAACCAUUGAUCAUCUUUUGCCAUUUUUUAUCAACUCAUCAACACAAAGCUAAUUAGCUAAACAACGACAAUGGAGGCCUUUAACAAUGCAGCUUCAAAGAGCUUCAGCACAUUGUUCUUUUUCGGGCUCUUGUUUCUACUUGCAAACUUCUUACUAUUUGCGAAUGCCAAAGUUCAAUCUCACGAAUUUGUUGUUCAAGAAACACCAGUGAAGAGGCUGUGCAACACUCACAACAUAAUUACUGUAAAUGGUCAAUAUCCUGGACCAACUAUAGAAGUGAACGAGGGUGACACAUUGGAAAUCAAAGUCACUAACAAAGCUCAAUACAACCUCACAAUCCACUGGCAUGGUGUCAGACAAAUUCGCACAGCAUGGUCAGAUGGCCCUGAGUUCAUCACUCAGUGCCCUCUUAAGCCUGGAGCAAGUUACACCUACCGAUUCACCAUUCAAGGACAGGAAGGGACUUUGUGGUGGCACGCCCAUAGCUCAUGGCUCAGGGCCACAGUCUAUGGUGGUUUAGUUAUUCGCCCAAGAGAAGGAACUCCAUAUCCAUUCACCAAGCCAAAGCGCGAGUCACUUCUCCUUCUAGGUGAAUGGUGGAAUGCAAAUCCAAUGGAUGUCAUCAAAGAAGCAACUAGAACUGGAGGAGCUCCUAACGUAUCGGAUACAUUUACAAUCAAUGGUCAACCAGGCGAUUUCCAAAAGUGCUCCAGCAAAGAUACCACUGUGGUUCCAAUCGACUCAGGUGAGACUAACCUCAUUAGAGUCGUCAACGCUGCCCUAAACCAGCAACUUUUCUUCACCAUUGCCAACCACAAGUUCACAGUUGUUGGAGCAGAUGCCUCCUACGUCAAACCUUUCACCACCUCGGUCCUAAUGUUGGGACCUGGCCAGACGACCGAUGUUUUGAUUACAGGCGAUCAGCCUCCAGCCCGUUACUACAUAGCAGCACGCGCAUAUGCUAGUGCUCAAGGUGCACAAUUUGACAAUACUACAACCACAGCCAUCCUUGAAUACAAGACAGCUCCUUGCCCUGCAAAGGGUGCCCCUGUUAAAACACUUCAAGCUACUCUGCCUGCAUACAAUGACACCGUCACUGCCACAGCAUUCACUCGCAGCUUCAGAAGUGCCAAGAAGGUAUCAUUGCCUACUGAUGUUGAUGAAAACCUCUUCAUCACAGUUGGCCUAGGACUUCAAAACUGCCCCCCUAACGCUAAUAAAGCCCAAAACUGUCAAGGUCCAAAUGGUACACGUUUCACUGCCAGCAUGAACAAUGCAUCAUUUGUACUCCCAUCUACUGUUUCCAUACUGCAGGCCCAUAAACAGGGUAUACCUGGAGUCUUCACAAAAGACUUUCCAGUGGCCCCUCCAGUUAAAUUUGAUUACACCGGAAAUGUAAGCCGGUCUCUUUGGCAACCUGAACGUGGAACAAGGGUCUAUCCACUGAAGUAUGGUGCUAGAGUGCAAAUAGUAUUACAGGGAACAAGCAUCGUCACAGGAGAAAACCACCCAAUCCAUCUUCACGGAUAUGACUUUUACAUCCUAGCCGAAGGCUUUGGAAAUUUCAACCCUAAAACAGAUACAGCAAAAUUCAACCUUGUCGAUCCUCCACUAAGAAAUACGGCUAGUGUUCCAGUCAAUGGAUGGACAGUAAUCAGAUUUGUUGCAGAUAAUCCAGGUGAGAAAAAUAUAUCACAGCAAUCUACUAAGUUUCUCAAUGAUAGUUAGCAACGAUCAUCCUUAACAUGAUAUCUUAUCUCUCUCUUAUUUAUCUUCCUAAUAACAGGUGUCUGGAUCAUGCAUUGUCACUUGGAUGUUCACAUCGGCUGGGGUUUAGCAACAGCAUUCCUAGUUGAAGAUGGGGUUGGAGAAUUGGAAUCCUUGGAGGAAGUUCCAGCAGAUUUUCCAGUGUGUUAAAACUAUUAAUCGCUCUAGAAAAAAGAAAUUCUCAUAGGCCAAGCAAUAGGGUCAUCAUUUUUUCCUAGUGUCAUUAUGAGAGUAUAACCUGUUGUUGUACCGAAUUGGAGCUAGCUCCUGGUUUUGAUUGUAUUUUUGCUGUAGAAAUCUGGGAUGAGAAUAGAUGGUGUCAUAUUACAAAAGAAGCACCAUCCAUUCAAAGCCUAUCCCAGCAUGGUUUUUUUUAAUGUUUUUUUUUCUGUUUUCUGUAUGGUUUCUAGAGCAACAAUUAUAGAAAAUUCUUUUAAUUUCUGAAUAAAAUCUCAAGGUUGCAAAACUUACACGAUGAAGCAAUUACAUAAAGGAAAAACAUAAUUUGAAAAUCGAUGCAAAAAUCAGACAUAAUCGAUGAAUAAAACUUAACUAGUUCCUCUGGAGGUAUCUAUAAGCCACAAAAUUUUCAUACUUCAGUAAUAAAUUAAUAGUCAUCAGGUACUUUGCUAAAAAAAUUGAUCCUAAAUCAAUUCAUCAAUCUUUCCGGUCCUCAAUUUCAUUCUCUCUCUCUCAAUUGCAAUUUGCAAGUUACUGUGAAAAUCCUUUCUCCUUACUACUUAACAGAAAGGGGGAUCGACAAGGAACGAAGAUAUCACAUGCUUAAAAUUCAUACCUAAAUCAUUAACCUAACAAACACCAACCACUACGUAAAUUUUCUUAUAAAAAGCAUAAAUUUGAGGUAAAGACAAACACAACUACCCGAGAAGAUAAGUCAAUGUCCGGCUCAACAACACAAGUACAAACUACAAGCAAGCAAAUCAACAAAACACGAACUCUUCGAUACUUGACUGAAAUUAAAUCAGAAUAAAAAGUGGUACGAAUUAAGAGACCUUUCAUUCCUGGAGAAUUUAACACGGUGGUCUAUCCAGAUACCGGAGGCUGCCUCACCGGAGUCGGGUAAAGACGAAAACCGGAAGGAUCCGACUGAUGUUAUUGGUCCUACAAUAUCAAACUCGGUCUUGAUACUACGUCGUAUGUAUGUUAUCAUAUCAUAUCGAGCUUCUUCAAUUCGCCUGUGAUUCGAAAUGACAUCUAUACCCCCCAAGACCUGUUGUGU